AUGGCCGCCGUAGCAUCCGUCGCCGCUACUACCGGCGUCGCCAAUGCCUAUGCUCCUGCUGCGGUCUCUAUCCCCCACGGGGACUGGCUUGGCAUUGAUGGCAACUGGUCUUCUGUCUCUUUUCUCCUAGGAACCGAGUCCGACCCCGUCAACAUUAUACCCAGUACUUCACUAUCAGAACUAUGGGCUGUCGGCCCUGGUGGUUGUCAAAGUAAAGAACCGCACUGUCCGACGGCGCGAGGUGGUAUCUACACACCUGCAAAUUCAAAACGAUGGACCUCAUGGGGACAGUACUUUCUUGGCCUUGAGUACCUGGGAUACGGAGGCAACGGCGCCUACGGCCUCGACAACAUCAACUCCUGGAGUCCCUUCACCAACAUUGCUUUCGGCAUGAGCGAUGUACUUAUUGCCGCCUACAACACAACCGAUUACUUCACUGGGCUCUUCGGUCUCGGAAUCUCGCAAGGCCGUUUCAAAGGCAACAUUGGCGAGUCGGCGCUUACGCAAGCCGUCAAGACAUUUGGCUGGAUCCCCAGCUAUAGCUACGGCUAUACUGCUGGAGCUAGCUACAAGAACAUGCCCGGGUCCCUCACACUUGGUGGUUUCGACGGCGCCCGCUUGGUUGAGCAUGAUACGCUCUUCACCAUUACACAAUCCGACAACUCACCUCGUGUCAACGUUCGGGGCAUCAGCGUCGAUAACAGCCUCAAGCCCAACGGUUGGGGUUCAUCAGUAAACAUCUUAUCAACCUACAACGAUACCUUCAUGGCUCUCGUCGACAGCACUACCCCAUAUCUGUGGCUGCCCGAGAGUACCUGCGAAUCAUUCGCAGCCGCCUUCAAUCUUACAUACAACGAGACAUUCAAACUAUACACAAUGACCAACGACCAGUAUCAGGACUAUUCCAGUUCCAACGCUUAUACCUUCACUUUCAGUCUUGCUAGUAUUGACAACAACGAUAACUUCGGUCUCCCCCUCAGCGCCCCAGGAGUCGUCAACAUCACCCUCCCUAUCAAGUCUUUUGUUGGAUCGCUUCAAUAUCCUUUUGCCAACCAAGCCAUCAAGUAUGGCCAGCCUGCUGUGCCCUAUUUCAUGCUUCGCAAAGCUGCAAGCGGCAACAACACCAUCAUUGGUCGAUCUUUCCUGCAAGAGGCAUAUAUUCGCACGAAAUACGACUCUGGCGUAUUCAGCUUGCACCAAGCUGCUUUUCCGAAGGACCCCUACCAUGACAUCAGGCUCGCCCCAAUCAAGCAACCGAGCGAUAGUCCCUACCCACGACCUCCGCCGACCAACGGACAUCACGGUCUGACGACGCCUCAAAUGAUUGGAGUUGCCGUUGGUGUUGUUGCGUUCUGCACUCUACUUGUUGCAGCGCUAUGUUUUUGGGGACGUCGCCGCAAGCAAAAGAAGCGUGGCGAGGCCGCCUCCAAGGAAGUGGAGGCGCAGGACUCGUCUUCAACCAUCGCUCCCGACUCUCCUAUGACUCCGGUUUCGCGCAUCUUGUCCAAAAUUGGUCGCAGAAAGCGCUCAAGGCGCGCUACUACCACCACUGAGACGAGUGCACCCACUGAGGUGCCAGCUUCGGAAAUAUACGAGUUACCCGCACCUCUGCCGCCCGCGGAGCUCGCCGCCCACGAUGAUGACGACUCCAUUCUAGGCGAUACAGAAGCAGGCACAGAUGACUCACAGAACUUGAGUGCUUACGAGGUUGCUAGACGCAAGCUCGCUCGACAGCUGGCCGGCCCUGUUCCAGCCUACGCACCACCCGCGGACGGUGUUCUGCCUGUUGAGAAGGACAUGCACAUCGACACGGACGUUGUUAGGACUACAACGAUUCCCCAUCCCCGGCCUACAUACCACUAUCAUAAUGUGUCUCCGGUGAGAUCCCAUGAGGGUCUUGGCACCAACUCUCUUCCUGGUACUUUGCCCUCACCAGUUUCUCCUCGCACUGACUGGAACACCAAUGACUUACCGUCCCCCAUCACUGCAUCACUGCACCCCAACUCGGCCUCCUCACGGUCGGGUUCUACAGGCCGCCGUCGCGCAGGCUCUAACACGAUGAAUGGUACAUCGAGUGAAUCUGGCAGUGCAAGCCGGUCAAAUUCCAAUUCUUCAUCUCACUCUCAUGAUCAGCAGCAAAGACGAGACAACGUGUCCUUCCCUCUUCCGCAAGCUUCUUUUCAACGGACUCCCAUUGAGCCCUCGAAGGUCGUGUGCCUUGGCCCCCUGCCAGAAAACGUGUCCUUGUUUAGACAAAACAUGAUGUCUAAUGCAACGGGGACAAAUGGGCAGUCUUGGACAGGCCAAGCUCGUCAUACGCCCAACCGACCUUCCACAGGCAGCCUCGGCAGCAAUUUCACCGACGAGGAGGAUGCUAUGGUGGAAGAGAUCACGCGCCAGUCAAUAAUGUCGGCCUCGCGUUCUCAGGACUCUGCGAAUAUCAACCGACGGCCGACAGUCAGCCACCCCAUAAUCCGCACCGUUUUGCCUGCGCCAACGGAAGAAGAGGAGAAUAUUUCGCCCACCAGCGACAGGAGCGGUUCUGGAUCCCAGAGCAGCGGCGGGCGCAUCGGUGGUGAUGACCUCGUCCACGUACCACAGUUAGCUGAGAAGCGCUACAGCUGGGAAGAAGAGCGAUGA